AGAGGAACGAACUGGGCUGCCUAACCUGCUCCCUAUUACUUUUUCUUCUUUUCUUUUCUUUUCUUUUCUGUUGCUCAGGACAUAGCAUCAGACCUGACCUUGGUAUCCGCCACUCAACGAAGAACACCUCAGACUACUCCAUCUUUCUCCCCUCUCUUUCUCGCCCUGUUUCUGUCACGGCGGGUCUCGGAUACGCGAAUCGCCGGGCGCAGAGCGAUCUCGUGUGAAAGUCACCUCACACUGGCAUGUCCGCCCCACAACCUGAGCGAGGGUUGACUGGAGUUUCCACCCUUCAGUUUUAGUUCCACCUCUUCUCUCCUUCCUCCUUUCCUCUUACCCCUCCCUGCCCUCAGUCAUGUUGGCACUCAGUGGGCUGAUCCUCUUCUUCUCCUUAUAUACCUCGCUCGUCGCAUCUAAAUUCCUCCCCGAGAACGAACGUUGCGUUACUGCGAUAUACACCGCUUAUGGAUACCUCACCUUCGCCGCAGACCCAGACGUGGGUUUCUGGGAGACCCGGUGUCAGAACCCGCUAGAGGUCACCUCCAUCUACGCUGCCUCCGAUCUCUACUGUCUCCCCUUCGAGAGAGAAGCUGGCAUCGCCCAACUGGCAAAGUUGUGUCGACAGUUUAGUCACCUCGAUCUGAUUCCGCGCGAACAAGUCGCCGAGAACCUCACCCGUGACGCUCUUCGUCGCAUGCCAGUCGUCAAAUACUUGGAGAUACCAAGAAAGCAUCUCCUCAAUACACCUGUUCUCCUCGCGCCCUCCUAUUAUGAUAUCGUAUUUCAAACUAUUGAUACUUGGGAAUUCCAAACUUGGACACAUUACGCUUAUGGAUUGGUUGGAUAUGGGUUCUGGCUCGGCAUACUCGGCUUGGGGAUUGUUCAGCGACUGGUACAUCAUGUCAUCCACUCUGAAGUGGUACAAACCAGCUAUAGGUCUAGUCCAGGCCUUCGCAGACUUUGUGUGCCUUUCCAGAAGAUCUAUCACUGGGUACAGAUGCACCUCGUCGUGCCUCACCCUCUGCAGUCCCAGGGCCGCAAAUUGCUUUGGUGGACCUUUCCAACACGAUUAGAAGCUGUUAUUGUGUUUUUCUUCUGGGUCCUAAGCAUGGUCGUCUGUACUGUCAGCUAUCGACUGAUACCGAAUAACAUCUACUGGCCUGAUAAACAAUCGCAGCUGCUUCGGUAUGCGGCGGACAGAACAGGCAUCCUAUCUUUCGCUAAUCUACCACUGCUCUGGCUUUUCGCUGGCCGCAACAACAUCUUCAUAUGGGCCACCGGGUGGAGCUUUGCAACGUUCAACCUAUUUCAUCGCCACGUCGCCUGGAUUGCGACUGCCCAGGCGAUCGCUCAUACUUUCCUUUACCUCUUCAUCAUGUACGAGAAAGGUAGACUGCUGAAGAAGCUGCAAAAGCCAUAUCUACUAUGGGGCACAGGGGCAACAGUCCUUAUGGUCCUAAUCUUACCACUCGCGAUUCAGUGGCUCCGCCACCGAGCUUAUGAAAUCUUCCUCUUGUUGCACAUCGUUUUUUCUGUUGGACUGCUGGUUGGUUGCUUCUACCAUACUAUCAUCUUCUCAGACCACGGAUACUGGACCUAUCUCUGGCCGGCCGUGGCCAUGUGGGUCAUGGACCGAGUUCUUCGUCUCGUCCGGUUGCUUUACUGCAACAUUCACGUGCGAGUCAACGCUGGUAAUAGGAUACUGUACACGAAAAGCUUAGCCAGCUACGACCAUUCUGCGGACGUGAUUCGUCUCGAGGUCGCUCCUGGCUCUAAGCGUCUGUGCCCAACACCGGGACAGUACUACUACCUCUACCAGCCGUUUCGGCUGACGGGCUGGGAAAGCCACCCUUUCACCCUUGGUCAUUGGUUCUACGAGGCAGACUACAAGGACGCAUCUCCCACCCCACCCCUAGCCAAGGGUGACCACUCCAUUGAUGUAACACAGGUGCCUCUUCUGUCUGAUUCUUCGUCAGAGUCCACGCACACGGCCGAGGAGCUACAGCUGAAGCGUGACGCCCCGCGCGGCUUGAAGCUUGUCUUCUGGGUCCGGCCGUACGACGGGUGGACGCGUCAGCUUCGUGAUCAGUGCAUGCGGUCUCCGACGCUGAGUAUUGACAAGACAAUCCUGCUGGAAGGUCCUUACGGCGACCAGUUUCCUCUAUGGAACUACGAGUCGGUGCUCCUUGUGGCCGGCGGGACAGGCAUUGCAGCAAUCAUUCCGUACAUCCAUGAGCACAUACUGCGGACCGUGGAGGACCCCGAGCAAGCGGCCAGUCAAACUCGGGAUAUGCAACUGGUUUGGGUAGCCCGGCAGGCCUCGUUCAUUCGACAGAUUGCCGCCCGCGAGUUAGCACCCGCGUUGACUCGCGACGACUUCCGCGCCUCCUUCUACUCGACUGAGAAGCGGAACCCUCACGAACAUGAUCGGGUCGAAUCCAUGGACGAUCUUGAUAUAGCCCAGGGACGACCAAAUGUUGAAAGUCUCGUGCUCGCCCAUGCACAUGCAGCUCAGCUGAGUGAGUCUUCCGUGGCUGUCCUGGUCUGCGGCCCGGUUGCAUUGGCGGACCAGACCCGGGCAGCCGUGCACUUGGCCCUGAAGCGAGGUUACAAGGGGAUACGAUAUGUUGAGGAGUCAUUUAGUUGGUGAUGAUUUACGAUUUACGACUUUGCUAUGGCGCUGUUUGCAUGUAUGUAUGUAGAUAAAACUGCUAGAUACACAUCCCAGGAUAAUAAACCAAGAAUAUAAGUU